AACAGUGGAGAACAGUUACCGGUGAGAGAAUGAUGUUAUGAAACCAGCCAGUUUUUGGUAAACAAAAUUUUUAUAUCCGUUAAUGAAAGAAUGUUUAAAAUACUAAAUAGUAAUAUAUUGGUGCGGUCGUUAGUGUUGAGUGAGAGAUGCUUCAGUAGCCAAGCUAAAAUUAGCGAAAAAGCUAUCGACCUCUUUCAACAGCAGUAUAUUCGAGACUCGUGGACGAACGUUACACCUAAAAUUCUAUCGCACCUAGACAGGAAUCUGCAUCUUCGGUUGAAUCAUCCCCUUGCAAUAAUUCGCAAGAAGAUUGUAAACUAUUUCUAUGGCGCCUAUUUAAAUCCCAGAGGAAACCCGCUGUUCAGUGUGUAUGAUAACCUUAGUCCUGUAGUUUCAGUGCAACAAAAUUAUGAUAGUUUGCUGGUGCCGGAGGAUCACCCAAGCAGGAAGAAAAGCGAUUGCUAUUACGUCAACAAAGAUUAUCUUCUAAGAGCCCAUACGACUGCUCAUCAGCUUGAACUCAUUCAAGCAGGACUUGACAAUUUCCUCGUGGUUGGAGAUGUAUACCGGCGGGAUGAAAUUGACUCCACUCAUUAUCCGGUAUUUCACCAAAUGGAUGGCGUUAGAAUAAUUCAUCAGGAUAAAUUAUUUGAGAAAACUCCUGAGUUGAAAGUGUUCGAAAAGUCAUACAAAACUUAUUUAUCGAAUGGCGCGGAAACCAUCUCCGACUGCAUUGACCAGCAAAAGCAGCCAUGCCAUACACUGGAAGCCGUUAAGCUUUGUGAGCAUGAAAUGAAACGUAUACUGGUUGGAAUGGUCAAGAAUCUUUUUGGUGAAAAAGUCGAGUAUCGAUGGGUCGAGACAUAUUUUCCAUUCACCCAACCAUCGUGGGAGCUGGAAAUAUUUUUCAACGGAAAAUGGUUAGAGAUUCUCGGUUGUGGUAUUAGCCGAAAUGAAAUCCUCGAUCGGGCUGGUGUCGAUAAUUCCAUCGCGUACGCGUUUGGAGUUGGCCUUGAAAGGUUGGCUAUGGUUCUGUUCGAUAUACCGGACAUUAGGUUGUUCUGGAGUACGGACAGUGGCUUUUUGAAUCAGUUCAAAAGUGACAGGAUCGUGAAGUAUAAACCGAUUUCGGUCUAUCCCCAGUGUACAAACGACAUUUCAUUCUGGUUACCAGAUGAUUUGUCUCUUGACAGUUUUUCUGUUAAUGAUUUUUACGAUUUGGUACGCACUGUGGGUGAGGAUAUGGUUGAACAGGUGACUCUGAUCGAUAAAUUUAAACAUCCAAAAACUGGUAAGUCAAGUCUUUGUUUCCGAAUUGUAUAUCGUCACAUGAGCCGGACCCUUACCCAAUCAGAAGUAAAUGUCACUCACGCCAAAAUAGGAGCAGAGUUAAAGAAAGAGUUCAACGUGAAUAUACGAUAAAAGGCUCAAUGAA